AUGGCUUGCGGAUUGGCGUUAAAGCGACCACACGGGCAUGAAUAUGAGUCGUAUUUAAAUGAUGAUUCGUACGGCAGUGAAGCAAAGCGUGCGCGCACGGCAACCCAUUGUUCACCUUUCCGUCCUCAAAUGGGUACAAUAGCCGCAAAUCUUCCUUCAACUAGUAGUUUCGCAAAAAUUGUAAAGACCGAGGAGGCAACACCGUUUUCGUCAGUUGCUGGACAAGUUCAACUUUCAUCGUCCCAAUUAGAUGCUUAUUUGCGAUCGGAGAUAAAGAAUUUGCGACGAAGAAAGCUCAUUCCGAAGUCGUUUGAAGGUGUUGAUGGAGAUGCUAGCGUUUCUAAUGAAAACCGGAAAGUCUAUCGGGCCCCAAAGUCGCCAACUCAGUCCGGUUCUGACUCGGAAGGUGAAGUUGCGUCCAUGUCAAGCAGGAAAGCUGAGAUCUACACUAAACCGCAGUUCAGUCUUCGUCAAGUUCAAAUGAUCUGCGAGCGUCUACUUAAAGAACAAGAAACCCGUUUAAGAUACGAGUAUGAGACGGCUCUCACGAAAAAACUUGAAGAGCAACAUGAGCAGUAUGUCCAAUUUGCUGCUGAACAGCUUUCUCACAAACGUGUUGAAUCGUCUGGAGACGAUUACUCUUAUUCUUACCUCUCUUGA